AAUUUAACGGUAACUAUUAUAUUUUUUUGAUACACUAUCGACUCAAUGGGAAUGUUUUGUCAUUUUGAGCAAGAUGAAUACUACACUGCAGCCCUAAAUAGUUAUUUUAAUAUUUAUUUACACCCUCCCCAUCUCCCUCUUUCUCUCUCGCUCUCUCUCCCUCCCUCUCUCUCUUUUUCUCUCUCUGAUGAGAGGUAAACAGAGAGGAUGAGAGCUGGUUUGGUUCCCGAACUGUUGCAGCACUCAGUGUAGCAUUCCUCCUCUCAUACGCACACACACACACACACACACAUAAACUCAUGUUUUGCUCUGGGCACUUUUUAACUGGGCAGGACAGUUGUGUACUCGCAGCUGGCAGAACUGAACAGACUGGACGAGAGGACGAGAAGAAGGUAGAGAGUUGAUUUCAACACAAGAAAGAAGAAGAGGAGGAGCGUGCAGUUCUCUUCAAUCAAGGAUGGAGAACACAUGAAAAGAGGAGAAAGGAAGAGCUCGCAAGGGGGUAAAGAUGCUGCUGAGUAAACUUUGCUUGUGUUUCUAAAGGGAAUUUUGAACCUUUGGACUUUUGGGGGAGUAUUUCAGAAGACAACACUGAGGGGAAAAGUUGAAGGCUGGACUUUGGACAGAGGGCCCCUGUCGGCAGCAUGGCACCAGUCCUUCCUCCCUCCUGCCAUCUUUUUUUCUUCUUUUACCUCUCUUUCCUAAUUACCCAGCCCUCCGUCACUCAAGAUCCGUCCGUCGCCACGGUGACGGUGACCCAAGACAGCCCCUUCGUUGUCCCUUCUACGCUGGCCAACAAGACAACUCCCACCUAUGUGGAGACGACCCAAAACCCCCCUCAAGACACUGGUCUGUCCACUACCUCCAGUGGGGGCGAUGCAGACGACGAGGACGGCCCCCCCGUCGGCGGGACGCGUUGCCAGGGUUACUACGACGUGAUGGGCCAGUGGGACCCGCCCUUCAACUGCAACGCCGGUGUCUUUUUGUACUGCUGCGGUACCUGCUUCUAUCGCUUUUGCUGCCAGUUCCGCCAGCAGCGGCUGGACCAGCGCAUCUGUUCCAACUACGACACGCCCAUCUGGGCCAACACCGGCAAACCCGUGGCCACCAUCACCGAGGGCCAGGAGGACCAGGAGCGGGACCGCACGCACCUCAUCGUCUACAUCAUCUGCGGCGUGGUGGCCAUCAUGGUGCUGGUGGGCAUUUUCACCAAACUGGGCCUGGAGAAAAGUCGCGGAGGAGGAGGCGGGGCGACCGCGGCCACACACGCUGACCUCAACUCCAGGACACUGACCGACCUGCUGAAGCAACAAGGAGCAGAGGUGAGCCCGGUGGAGAACGCCGUGACCAGUUCGCCCAGCGGAGGGAGAGCCAAUGGCGUCUCGUCCAGGAUGAAGCGCAGCAGGAGCGAACAGUACCAUCUAAAUAACUCGGCUCAUGGCCCAUUAGGACAAGGCAUUCCUCACUCUCACAGCAGUCAUGGCACAGUGGGACUCAACAAGUACACCUCUCUCAAAGCCGUGGCGGACAGCGCAUCUCACAGCUACUACAAGAGCUUCCCACUCAUGGACUUUGCCCACUAUCGGGCACCCUCCUUUCAGCCAGUGCCGGUGCAGCCCAAAGAGAAGUCGUACAUCCACGAGCACCUUCCGUCGCAAUCCAACUUCCACGCUCCCCUUUCCAUCUCCAUCCCCUCCAACCAUUUGGAGCACUCCCACCUCCCAAAGACCACCACGCACCCACUGCUCUCCAACCCGGCUUUUAUUAAAGCUUGGGAGCCGGUCGGUCGCCACGUCCAAAGGCAGAGUUCGGCCCCGGGGUCCGGGCCCACGCACGCCUCCCACUGGAGACACGGCUACUCCACCCGUCGGCAACAGAGCAUUGAGAACAUGCCGGAUCUUUUUAGCCAGCCCUGUGGAGGGAUGUACGCAGGAGGCGGAGAAGGAAGCGUGGUGGGGCGCGGGGUGCAUUUCCACAUGCAACAACACCCUUUUCAUCCAAGCUACUACCAACACACCAGGCAAAAGAACUACGCCACACACAGUUCUACCGAAGUAACAGUCUGAGCGAUGUGGCCGGUCGUGUUUUUACAUUCUGAAAGCUGGUGCUAGUGAAAACACCAGAGUUUGGGAUCAGGAGCCCAAGAGGUGAAAGGUGAAGAAAGAUUUUACCAGUAAAAUUGAGGGAGUCAAAAACAUCUGGCAGACGGAAGACAAGAGAAGAACAUUCGAAACCAAUAAGCAUGUUGUAUUUUGUUGAAAUUGUGUCGACUCGCUGGAAAAUGUAGCAAGGUUACUUGGAAACCACUCAGGCUCCUUCGGACCACCAUCACAAAUCCUCAGACUGAAACCACUUCAGCUACUUUUACGGUCUUUGGCACAGAGACACAAAGCAGGGCUCAAGGUGUUUUAUUUGUGAUUUAUGGGGUCUGAUCAUUUUUAAAAAACAGCAUUAGGACAUUUUGCAAUUGUGAAAGUUGUUCUCAUCUUGUUAGAAUACAAUCAACUGUAUGUAACUCUUUUGUAGAUGCUCCACUGAGCCUGGGGGGGGGGGGGGGGGGGGGGGUAGAGUAUUUUGCAUCUCAUUGUCUACCUCUCUGCACAGCUGGCUUCCCCGUGUACCUUUUGCUUGGCUCUCGAACUCUCCCAUCCCUGCUCCACUAUGUCGUGUUUUGCUUUUGGUGCCAUCAGGCCAAGCAUACAGGGACAGCAGCCCCCGGGGUGACAUUAACUCAACGGCGAGGACAAUGCCACCAUCAUGUCAACUCCCAUCAAGCUCCAUCGGAAGACCAUGGAGGGGGGGAGAAGAGCAAAGGCAGCUCGUAAGAGCCAGAGGCUUGGACCCUUUUGAAAAAGGAGAGAAAGGAGAGAAGAGAAAAUAGAAAACAAACUCCUGUUUUCCUUCCUCGGGGGAAGAAAAUGCAACGAGUCACUGUGAAUCUGAGUUUCUCACUACUGAACUGUCUGGGUCAGAACUCGCAGUGUGUGGACCUGUGAGGACGCUCCCGUGUUAUUUUGACGCCUUCAGGCACUAUUGCAGAGAAAUCCGUGGAGGCGUUUCCAAGCCUGGAGCUUUCAACACAACUAAAGCCUGGAUAGCAAAAGACACCAUGCAGAUCCACAUGCUGCCGCGGAUAAGCAACAGUUAGUUGAUCUUAUUUGUCAGUGCAGUUAGGGAAAUGUGUUCAGAUAUUGACAUUCGUGGACUUGUGCAAGAAAAGUGAGACUUGGGUGACAUUUAUUGGUUUACGUGGAAAAAGUGGAAAGUUCUUUGCGGAAUAACAAAAAAAAAAAAAAAAAAUCGGACAACUCUGAAAUGAUGAUCAAACCAGUCAACAAUUGCCAUACCUUGCUAGCUAAACAACCUGCCUAUUUAGCUUCCGCUAUAAUAAAUCUCAAUUUCCUCAUCUGUACAUGUGCCAAAUUCAUGCACGCAUGAACACACACAAAAAAAAAAGAAAUCCACAAAACUGGUUCAUUUCUUGCUUUUUGAUUUUAGUCGCUGCUAGUUUUGAUAGAAACUGUUUUAUAUGCAAUCGAUGUUUAUCAAAUCAGAACUAUGUUGUUAAGCGUCAAUAAUCAUGCGUUUUGUUCACCCAAUUACUGCUUUAUAUAAAUUCAUGUUUUUUUUUAACAUGGCAUUUUGGGAUUUGUGUAACGUUUUGUCAAACUCUUUUUUGCGUCGUAAAACUAUGAAUCUAUGUAAAUGUUGUACACAAUUAGUUGGAAAAGGGCUUUAUGUAGUAUUUAUUUCUUAGAAUUUAUUCUCGUUGAUGUCAGAGUCUAACAGAAUUUAUUUAUAGAGUCAUGAAAUAUGAUGUACACAGAGCUUUGGCAUAAAUGUGCGUUUAAUGUACAAAGUGAGAUCGUGCAAGUAGGCUUAUUAAUUUCACCAA